AUGGACAGUAUGGCGAGAAGAUGGAUUCGAUGGCUUGCAAAGGGAAGGAGUAAAACUUGGGCCUCUCCAUCCAUCCUUCUCUUGUCGAUCUUGAUUCGGUGGUUGGUCGGACUCGGGGGAUAUUCAGGCGAGGGGACCCCACCUCUCUAUGGAGACUUCGAGGCACAGCGGCAUUGGAUGGAGCUGACUUUGCACCUUCCAGUGUCGCAGUGGUACAAGUAUGACGUUCUUUACUGGGGAUUGGACUACCCUCCCCUCACAGCAUAUGUGAGUUGGCUGUGUGGCUAUAUAGGGGAGACUUUUGACCCUCGGUGGUUCGCACUAACGGACUCUCGUGGCAUUGAGUCUGACGGAAGUAAGGCAUACAUGCGAAGCACGGUUAUUGCUUGGGAUAUCAUUAUCUAUUCCCCAUCGAUUUGGUGCUUCUCUCGGUGCUGGUUGAAAGCAAGGUCCCAAAGAUCUCAGACGAUUGCCAUGCUUACUCUACUCUUGCAACCCGCCCUCCUGCUCGUCGACCAUGGGCAUUUCCAGUAUAAUUCCAUUAUGCUGGGCCUCUGCAUUAUUUCUUUCAAUCUGUUUCACGAAGGACAUGACAUACUUGGUGCUGUCGUCUUCACCCUCGCUCUGACUUUCAAACAAAUGGCCCUAUACUAUUCCCCUGCUAUUUUUGCCUACCUGUUUGGAAAGUGUAUCUAUCUGGGUGGAAAAUCGGGGCUAUCUUUAUUCUUGGCCCUUGGCAUCACAAGCCUGACAACGCUUUGUUUAUUGUUUUCCCCCUUUCUGCGAAGUCCAUUUCCAGUUUUAUUCCUGGAAUCCAUCCAUCGGAUCUUCCCAAUUUCCCGAGGUCUCUUUGAGGAUAAAGUUGCCAACUUUUGGUGCGCCUCUAACAUUCUCAUGAAAUGGAGAGAAAGAUCGUGGAUAAAAGGCCGUUUACCCCUCUUCGCGACUAUUCUUACCACGCUAGGGUUCCUACCUAGCAUGUUGCACAUGCUGUACCUGUCGUGGAUGUUACGGCCCAGACUGGCAUCAAAUGAGGGUUGUACCGGAUCUCCUGGGAGCACGAACUCCAUACGAAAUUUAUUUCGGAUGCGACGUCCUGCUGCUCCUACGAUAAUCCUCUUACCAUACGUAUUAGGUAAUUGUGCCUUUUCGUUCUUCUUAUUCUCGUUUCAGGUGCACGAAAAGUCGAUCCUUCUUCCCCUGCUACCAUUUACAUUGAUGAUGGGCGGCAGGGAGGAUCUGGGCCCUUCCGCGGUCGGAGUUUGGGAGUGGGGCGUGUUAUUAAACAAUGUCGCUGUGUUCAGUUUGUGGCCAUUGCUACGUCGUGAUGGCCAGACUUUGCAAUACGUAGUAUUGACACUGUUUUGGAACUACCUCAUUGGACACAAUCCAUGGACCAUGCCGUCUUCGUGGCUCAAAGUAAUCACCCAGGCAAGGGUUGUCCUCGUGACCACUAGUGGAUCGUACGGUGGAUUGAUUUGUCUGCAUAUACUUGAGGUCUUCCUAGCACCUCCCGUGCGCUAUCCCGACCUCUACGUGGUUCUGAAUGUUGUACUAUGCACCGCGAUAUUUGGGAUGUGUUGGUUAUGGGGAAUGAAGCGACAGUUGGAAGUCGGAUGGUCAAUAUCUUGGGUGGAUGCGACACCAUCCCGGAAUGGGGCCGUGCUAGACACCCGCAAUGUUAGAGCAAAAUUGGAAUAA